UUCAGUUCGUUGCUGACCAUCGUUACGUGCGGACGUGCCCAGCUCAGCUCAUCUCCGUGUGAUGUGGCUGCACUUUGCACACCAAACUCAAAUUCAAGACUCUAAGACAAACGUUUGAAAAUUGAAUGCCAAAAGUGCCGCGACGCGUGUGACAAAUAUAUAUAAAAAAAACCAAAAACGAGUUCAGAGUUUAAGUCACCGACUCCUUUCCACAGCACAAAACAUAUAUUAACGACUGCAACUGCAACGAGAGGAGUACCAGCUACAGGAAAAUAGAAAAUAGCCCAAGAAAGCAGCGGCAGCAGCAGCAGCGAAAAUCGAAUAACGAAAAAUAAAACACACAAAAGGAGGGAAAAGCGAGAAAAGCCAUCCCAGGGAGAUCCCAGGCAGCUUCUUGGCGAUUCAGAAGCGGCAAUGACGGCGACUGCGGGGCAGUCGGCAGCAUCGAGAAAGCAACAACCUGCGAUCGCCAUGCUCAAUGGAAACGCUUUUACGGUUAAGCGGCUCUUAGCGCUGCUGAUCAUCUUCACAGUUCUGGACGCGAGUCGAGCCCUGGAACUGGGCGACAAGUGCCAGCAUGACAUGGACUGCACGGAUUUCAUCAAGGGCAGCAGCUGCUCCGCCCUCGGAUACUGCGAGUGCGCCCCCUACUUUGUCCAGUUGGAUUCCAAGCGCUGUUUGUCAUCCCAACUUCUUGGCGGCGACUGCCAGCUGAGCGAGCAGUGCUCCAUGAAGGUGGCCAACAGCAGUUGUCUUCAGGGCGCCUGUCGCUGCGUCGAGGGAUUCCUGCAGUUCCGCAAGCACACCUGUCUGGGACCUGCCCAUCCUGGCGCCGUUUGCUACAGCCACGCCCACUGUCAAAUGUUCGACACCCGCACCCACUGCGACUUCCUCAUCCCGAAUCUCUUCGGACGCUGCCAGUGCACCAGUCCCGCCAAAAUGGUGGGUGGUCUCUGUGUGGCCCCAGCGGCGGAUCAGGAGGAACAGCAGCCCAUUGAAAAGGUGGAGCAGCCAGCUAAAGCAACCACAACCACGACGACAACCACCACUCCCAAACCCACAACGACAACAAGGAGAACAACUACGACAACAACGACAACUACUCCUGCACCCACAACAACGAGCAGAAGAACAACGACCACAACCACGACCACAACACCUUUGCCCAUUCUCCUGGAGGAUGAACUGCCCGCCAGCGUGGAGGAGCAAUCGCUGGAGGAGGACGAUGGCGAGGCUACCAAGCUGAGGCCCGAGGUCGCCGAGGUGGAUAAUGGUGAGAAACUGGAGGCAGUGGACAUGGCUCAUGAGGAAACCGAGCUGACACAGCAGCAGCAUCAGGAGGAGGAGCAGCAAAAGCAGGAGGAGGAGCAACAAAGAGUGGAAGAACAGCAACAUCAAGAGGAACCCCAAUCCCCUCAAGAUGCCACCACUGGAAUCCAGCAGCUGCUGACACCCGCCGAUGUGCCAACCGAGAAUGCCAUUAAUGUGGAGCAGGAAACCGAGGCUGGACCCACCGAGGAUUAUCCCUACAAGAUCGAUGAGGAGUACGCGGAGGAGCACAAUGAGAAGCCAGAAGAAACCCCCGAGGCACCUCAAAUCGCACCCAUCGAAGCUGAAGAAGAGGAGGCUGCUGAGGCGGAGGCAUCGGGAGGCCAAGAGAUUGCCUCAUCGCCCAUCGUCGACGACACCAUGAAAUUCGAUUAUGAAAGCCCAGUGGAAGAGGCAGAGAAGCAGGAGGAGCACACUAACGAGGGGGUGGUGCCCAUCGACACCGAGAGCGAGACUGAUGCGGAGACCAGCACCGAGCACCCGAUCCAGACGCAGCUGAUUGAGGAGGAGGACGAGGAGACCCCAGAGACAUCAUCGCAGACGGUGGCCGAUGAAGAACUGAUCCCGGUUAAUCAUGCUGAAAUCGAAAGUGCGACGAAGGCCGCAGUUGCAGCCGAAGAGGCUGAGGAUCUGGCUUCAGGGGAUCAUGAGCUCGCAGAAGAAGAAGUUGCUGAGGCUGAGGAGCAGCCAACAGAAGCGUUGAAGAUCGAGGAGCCAGCCCAGGUGGAGAGUGAAAGCCCAGUUGCUGAGGUGGCAAAACCAGAGGAGCCAGAAAUCGAAAAAGAAGCCGCAGAAGUGGAGCUACCGGCCACAGAAGCCACCAAGCCAGCAGAUGUGGAAUCUGAGAUCGAUCAGGCGGAACAAAGCGCCGACAUCAAGCCGACAAGUGGCGAAGAUGAUUUAAAUGAAGCCAAUCAAUUAAAUCAAGAGCAAGUCACCGAGGCAGCGGCUCAAGAGGAGCAAGAGCCCGAACAGGUGGUGGAAAUCCAUCAGGAUGCAGAUGAAGCCACAACAGAGAAACCAGUCCAAGAGCACAGCGAGCAGGAGGUGGAGGCAAUCACCGAAGCGGAGCACGAACAAUUGACAUACCCAGCAAAUGAUGAUGAAUUGGCGCCAGUGGAAGCAGAAGCAGAAGUAGAAGCUGAAAAAGAAACAGAGCUGACCACAGAGGAACCAGAAAUCGCCGAGAUUACCACAGAGCUGACUGAGGAGGCUGAGGAGGAGGCGGCACAUGGGGAGGAGGAGCAACAGGUGGAGACCGAGGAAAAUGCAAAUGCAAUUAAGACGCCCGAAGUGUCGGAAGCAAUUGCGGAGCCCCAGGCGCAGAUGGAGAUCCAGUCUGCUACUGAGAAAGAGAUCGAGGCGGAGACAACCGCAGAUGCCGAGGAGGAAAAGGAGGAGGAUGAGCAGGAGAAGGAGGAGGAACCAGUGGCGGUAACCGAGCAGAUCCAAGAUGCGGAUCAGGCCAAGCCAGAGCUGCCAAUUAAGAGCGAUGGAGAUAUCUCAGUGGAGGCCACCGAGGAGCCCGAAAGCGAACCAGAAACCGAGGCUAGCGAAAGUUCCCAGACUCUGCCCGAGAUCAGCAAAGAUCAGCAUGAUGAAGCCGAGGUCGAGGCUGAGGUCGAGAAGAACGAGAAUGACAACAUUAUCCAGGGAGCAGAGCCCACCGAAGAGCAGGAAGUGCUGCCCGAACCUGAAGCGGAAUCGGAAAAGGAAGAAUUGCCAGUGGAAGAAUCGCUAGUGGAAGAAACUCCAGUGAAAGAAUCUCCCGUGGAAGAAUCUCCAGUGGAAGAAACUCCUGUGGAAGAAUCUCCAGAGGAAGAAUCGCCAGUGAAAGAAUCUCCAGAGGAAGAAUCGCCAGUGAAAGAAUCUCCAGUGGAAAAAACUCCCGUAGAAGAAUCUCCAGUGAAAGAAUCUCCAGUGGAAGAAACUCCAGAGGAAGAAUUGCCUGUGAAAGAAUCUCCAGUGGAAGAAUCUAUAGUAGAAGAAUCUCCUGUAAAAGAAUCUCCUGUAGAAGAAUCGCCAGUGAAUGAAUCUCCAGUAGAAGAAUCUCCAGUGAUCGAAGCUCAGCCAGAAGAAAUCCCAUCAGUUGCUCCCGAAGAAGAGCAGCCAGAAGAAACCACCGCUGCUGCUAUCGAUACAGAAGAAGAAUCGGAACCCGUCGAGUCCACUUUGGCCCCGGAGAUUCCGGAAUCACCCAUUGCCAUUGUGAGCGAAGAGCACGAUCCCGAGCACGAUCCCCAGAACUUCCAUGAGAGCGAGAGCAUUGCCGAUAUCCUGAGCGACCUGAUGUUGGAGGGCGACAGCACAGUGCCCCCGGUUCCAUUUGGCCAGCAGCCCGCCCAAACGGUGCCCAUGGUGGAGGCCAACUCGGAGAACGAGGAGGAGCAACCGCACGAGGCCAUUGCCGAUCUUCAGGCCGAAGCCGAUGAGACCCAAGAUCAUGUGGAGCAAGUGCAUCCCGAGGCUGAGGAGGCAGUACCCGCCAUUCCGGAACUGUUUGCAGAGGCGGCCAACGAGGAUGAUGAGGAGGAGGAGGAGCAGCAGGUGACCCCCAUUCCCGAGCAGCCAGAAAAGGUUAUAGAGGAGGAGCAACCCAUUGAAGAGGAGCAACACCAACAGGAUGAAGAGGAGCAUCACCUGGAGGAAGAGGAACAUCAGCAGGAUGAAGCGGAAAUCUCCAAGGAAGAGGAGCCCAUCCAGAACACCGAAUCUGCAGCAGAGGAAGCCACCACUGAACUGAACCAGAAGAUCGAAUCCGAAUCCGAAGAGGAGCGCACUCUUUCCCCCGAGGAACUGCCCUUCGAUCUCACGGAUCACUCCGAUGCCAUCCGUUUCAAUGAGCUGGAAUCUGACAACCUGAUCCUGGAAGCCACCACCAGCAUCGAUGGCCUCCAAGAACUGGACAACAAUGACAUUGAGCAGGAGGAGGAGCAUGCUGCCCCAGCAAUCCCUCAUGAGGAGGCCACGCCCAAUCCCGCCGACAUUGUGGAGAUCACCACCCAGACCAUGUUGGGCCUGGCCAGCCGGGUGACCCUCAUGGAGCCCGCUGCUCCCGUGGUCACCACCCUGAUGCCCCUGAUGCCGGCCGAUGAGCCCACUCCGGAACCCUCUUCCCCGGCCGCCAUUCCCGCCGCCACCGCCGCCUCCGCUUCCCUGGCCGCCAUUAAGCCGGGAUCAGAGCUCCGCAAGCGAGUGGACUUGGGCCUAGAGGCCGUGUCCCUGGGCUUGGCCUGCAGCAGCGAUCGCCAGUGUCAACUGGCCGAUCCCCACACCGUCUGCAAUGGCCGCGGAGUCUGCGAUUGCGCCGCCGGAGACCAGGGAGCCCAGUGCAGCGCCGAAAGAACCGGAUGCAGUCCGGGCACCUUCCAGUGCCGCUCGAGUGGCGUGUGCAUCUCGUGGUUCUUCGUGUGCGACGGACGUGCCGACUGCAACGACGCCUCCGACGAGGAGUGCACCCACAACGCCCGCCUGAAUCAGAGCUGCCCGACGGAGUCGUUCCGCUGCCAGCGCAGCGGUCGCUGCAUCUCGCGGGCGGCCCUCUGCGACGGUCGGCGGCAGUGUCCGCAUGGCGAGGACGAGAUGGGCUGCGACGGCAGCCUGAGGGGCGGCAACGCCUGUCCGGAGCACACCUUCCGCUGCGGCAGCGGCGAGUGCCUGCCGGAGUACGAGUACUGCAAUGCUAUCGUGUCCUGCAAGGACGGCAGCGACGAGCCGCCGCACCUCUGCGGCUCCCGCGCCGUUCCCAAUCUCUUCAUGCGCCUCAUCGAGGCGGGCGGCCUGCUCGGCGGUGGGCGGCGGGAGGCGGACGCCUACUGCCCGCACCGCUGCAGCAACGGCCUCUGCCGCUCCACCGCCAUCGUCUGCUCCGGACGGGAUGGCUGCGGCGACGGAACCGAUGAACAAACCUGCGCCGUGUGCCGUUGUCCCGCCCCGACUGCUGCCAGCCUGCCCGCCUUCUUGGCCCGGCAACGCCCAAUGCCACUGUGGUAGGAACCUGCAACACCUAAACCACCCAAGAGAAACCCACUUCCGGUCACCAUUUAUCACUCUGCCUUUCGACCCCCCAAAGUCUAUCGCUAUACCCAACCGCAUUCGAAACGAUUUUUGCCUAGCAUUUAAGUGGAUAUUUAAAAAAACUUUAUUUAUUUAUUUAUUAUGACCUUAGCUGCGCCCAUGCCACGCCCAAUUGCCACCUUGCUAUCAAAGGGGGUUCAGUGCCCCCUUUGAGCCAGUGAUGUUUGUCAAUUGUGCCACUGGGCGCAACCCUAAACCACAUAUAACACCACAAAUUACACCACACACCAUCGCCCCCAUUUCGACUAUUUAUUCUACUCAUCCUGACCAUCAAAACUAUUUAUUUAUACCCUUACACACCCCUCACCCACAAACAAAAAGACACUCGAAGAGAAUACUUCAUGUAGCUUAGUUUUAUGCAAUUUUCUAAUUUAUUUAAACUAUUGGCCAGGCAAACCAGUAACGGAAAAGAUAACGAAAACCAUGAAAUGAUGCAUUUUUAUCGAUAAAUAUUUUGUAAAUAAGAGUAAACGUGUUCGAUGUACAUGAUAAACGACAAUGCCUAUAAAGAAACGUAGGGUAUCCAGCAUAACACAAUCAGAUCAUAUCCCCUAUAUAGUUUAUUAUAUGUACGUGCGUGUGAGAGGCACUCACACACUUUUCUCAAAGUCAAGACGCAUCACAGUAAAGCUAAAAAAAAUGAAAUGACAAUAAAAAAUAUAUUUUU